GCAGCGAUACAUUUACAUAACAAAAUGGAUGAAAAUAAUAAUGCGAAAAUUAAGUACAGAGAGAGGCGCCCACUAAUAAUUUUUCAAUUGAAGAGGAGAGAGGGAUUAUGUAAUUAAGUGAGAAGCACAGGGUUCAAGUAAAAUUCUCCUUUUCUCUAAUUUAAGCUGUAUUUUUAUAAGUAAAAUAUACCAAGCGGAAACAUCACGAGAAUCGUCUCCUCUACAAAAAUUGCGGCCAACCUGUUCGACAAAAUGUCCGAUCAGCAAACUCCGAUGAGAUCGCCAUCGCCAUCCCAAAAUCAACAUCAACAGAAGAGGGAUGAGAUGAUUUCUUGCGUCGCCGCCCUCGAAGCUGCUCUCCUCCCUUGCCUCCCCGCUCGCGAGCUCCAGGCCGUCGACCGCUCCAACCACUCCUCCCACCAAAAAAGGCACGCGAGAGAUUUUAUGGAGGCCUCAAAGAAGCUGCAGCUGUAUUUCAUAGGGCUGCAACAUGAGGAUCAACCAACCAAGGAAGAAAUGGUCCGAAAGGAGAUCUCGGUCAUGGAGGAAGAGCUGAAGACCAAAUCUGAGUUGAUCGAUAAACAUGAAAAACUUAUUCUCGGGUGGAGGAAAGAGCUGAAAGAUCAGUUGGAUAAGCAUAUUGUAGAAUUGGAGAGGGUGUGAUAAUGUGCCUUUUUUAAAGUUCUGCUACACUUUGUACCGCAUGGGGGUUAACUUCUGUAGAUUGUUGCUUUCGUUCGGAUGUAAUGCAAAUUUGGUGCCGACGGGUUACAGCUUUGUCAUGUCUUGGCGUGAUAAAGAAUGAAAGUUGAGGCUGUCGAAAGUAUCUUGCGCAGAUGGAGCUACGAACUCAUCGUCGACCAAUGUGAAAUUACAAACAUUCUAGGAUUGUGUUCCUUCCUCUUUGUUGUCGAUUAUUCUGCAAUAUUAGUUUGUGUCGAAAGCCCUAAUACACGUUUACCCCACUGAAACAUACUGGAUUUCUCUUUGAUUCAUGUAUCUAAGCAAACUAAAGUUUUAAUCU